UAGGGUUUUUAAGGGUUUUCUUUCUUCUUCUGGUAAAGUCGGUGAAUGAAGGGGCAGCUCUCGUCUUCCUCCUCUGCUAAACUCCUGUCCUCAACUCUUCCUUUCCUCCAAUCCGCAAGUCUGUCCUCCAUGGCCUCUUCUUCCCACGCUUCCCCUCCCAUUCCCGAUGACGACGAGCUCUGCUCCUCCCUCGCCCUAUGCUCUGUCCAUUCAUCGUCUUCCUCUUCGUCGCCUUCGUUGAUGUCGCCGUUGUUGCGGCCGGAGCCGCCCGAGCCCCCCAUCGGUGGCCUGGGGCCAGUGGAACGGGCGUGGGCGCAUUGGAGGAGGCUGGGGGAGCCCAAGCUGAUCGUGGCGCCAAUGGUCGACAACUCCGAGCUCCCCUUCCGGAUGCUCUGCCGGAAGUACGGCGCCCAGGCCGCCUACACUCCCAUGCUUCAUUCGCGGAUAUUUACGGAGAACGAGAAGUACCGGUCGAUGGAGUUCACCACGUGCAAGGAAGACCGUCCUUUAUUUGUUCAAUUCUGUGCAAAUGAUCCUGAUAUUUUGCUUGAAGCUGCACGAUAUGUGGAACGUGAUUGUGACUAUGUUGACAUUAAUCUGGGAUGCCCACAGCGCAUUGCCAGACGUGGCUACUACGGAGCCUUUCUGAUGGACAACCUUUCCCUGGUCAAAACGCUGGUGCAGAAUUUAGCUUCUAAACUUGAUGUGCCUGUCUCCUGCAAAAUCCGCAUUUUCCCUCGCCUCGAGGACACCCUUGCAUAUGCAAAGACGCUGGAAGAAGCUGGCUGCUCCCUUCUAGCCGUCCAUGGAAGAACCAGAGAUCAGAAAGACGGAAAAAAGGUUAGAGCAGACUGGGAUGCUAUCAAAGCUGUCAAAGACGCUAUGCAUAUUCCAGUCCUUGCCAACGGAAAUGUGCGUCAUCUUGAUGAUGUAAAUGACUGUUUGGAGUUUACCGGCGUCGAUGGGGUGCUCUCAGCAGAAUCACUUCUGGAGAAUCCUGCCCUUUUUGCUGGAUAUCGAACAACUGAGUGGAAGGAAAAUGAAGCGGAGGAAGGCGAAUUAAACCAGGCAGAAUUGGUGGUGGAAUAUCUGAAGAUGUGUGAGAAACAUCCAGUGCCAUGGCGGAUGAUUCGGUCGCAUGUCCAUAAGAUGUUGGGUGACUGGUUCAGGAUUCAACCUGAUAUUCGAGAGGAGUUGAAUAAGCAAUCAAAGCUUAGCUUCGAGUGGCUGUACGACAUGGUGAAGCGCCUCCGCGAGAGGGAUGUCAGGCUCCCGCUUUACAUAAAGGGUCAUGGUGGGGUUCCUGCGUGUUGAAACUACGCCUUCAAUUUUUUUCGUCGAGUUCUUUACUUACUGAUGAGACGGAUAAAAACGUGUAUCAUUCAUUUAUAUACUGCAGAAAAAUUCUGUAAAAUUUUCUUGUCAGAUUAUUACCCUACUGUCAA